AUGGCGGCUCGUGCGAGGGCUGCUCGAACGUUCAAGGACGACACAGCUGAAGGACAAAUAGUGAGCACCCAGAUUCAAUCAUCUCUAUCGCUCGGUUCCGCAUGUCCGGCAACUGCUCUCUCGCUAAUUCACUUCUGUGCAAGUGGAGGUGUAGAUCACUCACGGUGCUGUCGAGCAGCAGGCGUUCAAUCCGAAUGUAUCGAAUUUUGCGAUCAGGUAAGCAAGUUGUUAUGUUAA